AUGGAAAAUAAACCACAAAAAGAUAUUUUUGAAGAUAUGAGACCAAAAUUAAAACCUAUUGAAAAUAGUGAUAGAAGAAAAAGAUUAUAUGUUAUUCAAUUAAAUAAAAUGCUUGUUGAACAUUUUAGAAAAGGAAAUAAUCUUAAUGAUUCAAUUGGAUUUAAUCAAUAUGGAGAAUUAGUAGAAUUAAAUAUAGAAGAUGAACAAACAAAGAAAAAGUAUGAUUUAUUUAAAACACAAUGUAAAGAACCAAUUUUUAUUCUUAAACAAACAAAUCAAUCAUUUAAAAAUUAUGGAAAAUCAGAUAUGUAUUUAAAACCAAUAGUUAGAAGAAAUGAUAUUAUAAUAAAACAACAAAAACCAAAAUUAAUUAUUAAUGAUGAAAGUUCAGAAGAUGAAAUUCCACAUAAAUCAAUUAAUAUUUAUAGAAAAAGAGAAGAUACAGUUGUUGAUAAAAGAGUUAGAAUGAAUGAAACUGAAUUAACAGAUAAAAUAUUAUCAAUGUUUAAGAUUAAACCAACAUAUACAUUUACUAUGUUAAAUUUAGAAUUAAAACAACCAGAACAAUAUUUAAAAGAACAACUUAAAAAGAUUUGUGAUUUAGUUCAAUCACCAACAUCAAGUAUGAAAGAAUAUCAACUUAAAAAAGAUUAUCAAUAA